UAUAAACCACACGUGACCUGGAUGCUUCGGUAUUCGUUUCUCCACCGGAGUUCAACAGUUAGGCCUUCAACGGUUUUGUAGUUCUACUUUUGAUUCCAAUAUGCCAGCUUUCUGAAAAAGAGUGCAGAUAAGUGGUCUAAAAUAUUUUAUUGAGAAUUUCACGGCAUAAGGACUCAAAGUAACACACGGUUGUCUGGCUAAUUACAAAGGUUUGGAACUUAAAACGUAAACCAAAAUUAUUCUGAGCGGAGCAUGCCCACUGUUGCACGCAUUAUUUACUUCCGGUAGAUAUUUAUUUCGCUACCCUAAUAAAAUGCAGCAACGGGAAGAAAAAUUGCUGGACGCAUCCGUGGAAUCGCUUAUUUCCCGCGUAGCUCAUCUAAAAAACGCUCUUCACAGUUUCAUCUACAAGUUGGAAAACGAGUAUGAACGACUGACAUGGCCCUCUGUGUUGGACAACUUUGCCCUCUUGUCUGGUCAGUUGAACACCAUCAAUAAACUGUUGCGGAAUGAGAAGACGCCAUCUUUCCGCCAGCAGAUCAUCAUCCCCCUGCUGUUGUCUCCAGACAGGGAUGAAGAACUAGCUAAACUGACAGAGCAACGCGUGCCUGUGUUCAGCCAUGAGAUUGUGCCGGAUCACCUGCGCACCAAGCCUGAUCCUGAGGUGGAGGAGCAGGAGAAACAGCUGAGUGCGGAAGCUGCCCGGAUAGGACCUGAGGUGGCACAGAAACAAAUCCAGACACUGAACAAACUCUGUUCAAAUCUACUGGAGAAACUGAACAAUCCUCGCGAUGACAGGGAUGCAGACAGUGCAGCUAUACGGCAGAACAAACCAUCUUUCAACCCUGCUGACACCAAUGCACUGGUGGCAGCGGUGGGAUUUGGGAAGGGGCUUUCGAAGUGCAGGCCCCCUGGUCCUGUGGCCCCUGGACACACAGGACAAGGGCCCAUGAUGAGCGGAGGUCCCACCUUACAGCAGGUCACCAUCGGUGGGGGUUCAGGCCAGCAGCAAGGCAUGGGGCCUGGUGCUCCUCAGCAGCAAGGACAGCCAGGGAAAAUGCCAUGCAACAUCAAGACAAACAUCAAGGCUGCCUCCUCAAUGCACCCUUACAACCGAUAAGAUCCGCUCUCUAUCCCAUACUGAUAGGGAGCCUACAGAGUGAGCCAUGUAAAGUAAUGCAAGUAUUCAUAUGAUAUAUGUAUGCUAUGUUAUCUUUUUAUGAAAUACAUACUUUUUCGAAGAAAGUAUCAUACUGUGAAAGUGCAGAAAUUUGUCAGAUGUGCUUCCAUUUGUGAACACUAGAUAGCACUGUCUUUCCAUUUAUAUUCAAGGGACAAGACAGUUUGAGAACUUGGUCAUUGUUGCAGAAAAGGUCACUGGUUCGAAUCCUCAAGCCGGUUAGGUGAAAAUCUCUUUGUGCACUUGAGCAAGGCACUUAGCCCUAAUACCUCAUGUAAGUCGCUCUGGAUAAGAGUGUCUGCUAAAUAACAAACAUGUAAACAAGUCUGCAUUAUGUUAUGUCUUUCAGAAAUGUAUAAUACAAUUGUGGGGUUUAGUGUCAGUCAAAAGGAAUAUAUUCAAAACCUACUUCAACUGCUUCACCAUGUCUCUCCAGUCAUCUGAACCCUAGUACUGCCUCCUAUCCCUUCACCAUGUUGUCUCUCAAGUCAUCUGAACCCUAGUUCUGCCUCCUAUCCCUUCACCAUGUUGUCUCUCAAGUCAUCUGAACCCUAGUUCUGCCUCCUAUCCCUUCACCAUGUUGCCUCUCCAAUCAUCUGAACCCUAGUUCUGCCUCCUAUCCCUUCACCAUGUUGUCUCUCCAAUCAUCUGAACCCUAGUACUGCCUCCUAUCCCUUCACCAUGUUGUCUCUCCAGUCAUCUGAACCCUAGUUCUGCCUCCUAUCCCUUCACCAUGUUGCCUCUCCAGUCAUCUGAACCCUAGCACUGCCUCUUACAGUAUCCCUUCACCAUUCCGGCCAUUCUGAAUAAUGUAAGCCCGGUGAGAGUAAUGCGGCUGGACAUUGCACUGCCUGGCCUGAUAAUGUCAAAGUCGUUAAGGGAGGAAAUGAGAAAGUUCAUGCUGACGUGUUGGGGGGCUCUGUGCUCAGCCCCACCGUGGUCUGUCCACUCUAAUCCCUAUCCCACCUCCCGCUGGGCGGCCGGCACUACAGCACAGGGACAAUGACCGCUGUGGCUGUCACACGAUACGACACAGGUCGCUGGGUGACCUACAUACACAAUGUCCUCUGCCGGUCUGACGUCUCGCUGUGUCAGCCUCAAUGCCCUGGUAAGAAAGGAGAGUCUGCUGAGACAGCUAGAAGAUGCACAGGGUCAGACUUUCUAUAGAUGUCUUAUAAACAGUGGACUAUAGGCAGAUGGACAUUGUGUCCAUUUGGGCUAACUGAGAGAGACUCCUGAACAGGCUGUUACUGCUUUGUUUUGACCCUACUGCAGCUCCCUCUAUGUGAAAGAAAUGUAGGGCUACAACUCUUUAUACAAUAAAAAUCUAUGUUUCCUGGA